AUGACGCUAGACUUGAUAAUCACCAACGUCUUCAACUGCAGGGCUGGAGAGCUGACUGUGACAUUCAGGUAGUCAUUGAUUAUCAUGCCUGUAUUGAAUACCUUGCCAAAUAUCCAUCAAAAAGUGGGCCACGUUCCUCUAUCAUGAAAUCUGCAUUCAAUUCCACUUUCCGUAACUGUAACAUUGAAAGCAAUCCCACAAAACUGAUGAAAAGGUAG